UAAUAACUCGAAUUACAUGAUUUUUUUUUUAUCAUUGCAAUGGCUUUCUACGGCAUUUGUUUUGUAGGAAAAAAAUUGACAACUCGAUAUCUACGUAACUUUUAGAGAUAUGUCCGGUGACAGUAUAUUGACAUCUCUACAUUUAGAGUAAAAUUUUUAACAAAACGAGAUAUAAACGAGACAACGUACAAAAAAAUAACUUAUAUCAUAAUAUAUCUUUAUAUCAACUUAUAUUCAUAAACCAGAAUAGCAUACGUAAAAUGACAUAUCAAGCUAUCAAAAUAACCACCAAGACACUAUUUUGUUAACAACUAAAUAUAUCGUUUUAUCUAGUUAUACUCCACUACCGUAAAAACGUACGGAACUUAAUAUGUCAUUUUAUACUUUUAACUUAACGAAUACAAAAUAUCAUAAGUUGACAUAAUUAGAUGUCAACUCAUUGCUUGGGUAUAAAAAUUUCCAUGCGUAGCAUUUAUAACUUGACAAGUACUUUGAAGGUCCAAAUAAAAGUAUACAUUAAGACUUAUGUCCUAAAUCUAAUUUUCUGUAAAUUUAUAUUUCGACUUAUCAAGUUAUCCACGCUGUGCACGGAAUAUGACAUUUAAUGUUACCUGUAACCUACAGAAAAUAAUAAGAUAACAUAAUUAGAUAUUUAGUUAUUGCACUUAUUGCUACGGUUUUAUUUUCCGGGCACAGCGUGAAUAACUUAAUAAGUCCUAUGAGGAUUAAAACAAAACCGUACUAUAAGACUUAUAUACUUAAUUUAAACUUCUGUAAAUCUAUAUUUCGACUUAUCAAGUUAUUCACGAUGUGUACCGAAUAUGACAUCUAAUGUUAUAUCAGUAGUGUUUAGGUUUUCGGACAAGCCAAACCAAACAUUUGUUCGUAACUGAAUAAUUUGUUUGAAUUAUAAAUCUUUUGUGCAUAUAUUUCGACUUGUCAAUAUACUCACGGAACAAAGAUAUGGGUACGUUUUGUUAUAUUUAUAGUUACCGAGUUAUUCUUAAGUUAAGUCAGCAAAAUUAAAAUUGGUAUGUGUAUUUAUCCAUAUUUAUUUCACAACAAACUUUUAAAAUAUAACGAGUUGGAAUUUAAAAUUACCGCCAACGAGCGCGGCUCGAUACGCGUGCGUUUGCUUCUCCCUCUAACAUAGACACAAGAACCUACUUGUCAGUCAAACAACAACAAAACUUUCGUAAGAGUGCUGCGGCUCGUGAAUAAUAUUGUUUAUUUGAGUGUUCUGGUAAUUAACGUGUUUUGUAUUGAAAUAAAAAUAGCGUAAGGAAUUAUAUUUUAUCAUGGAUUCUGAGGAAAAGGUGAGAUAUGACCACGAAUAAAGUUUUUAUUAAGAAUAACCUAGAAAAAAUACUUUUAACUCAAAAAUUUAUUUUACAUGAUUAUGACUUAAUUGUGUAACGCUUACUUCAUUUGUUACGUUUUUAAUUACAGAAUGAGUUGGUUAUUCAGUUAAUGAGUAGAAAACGCAAAUUAAUGGAACUUCGAGAAGAAAUCAAGUUAAAAUCCUCACGCAAAGAAAAUAACUGUGAAGACAUAGAUGAAUGUAAUCUUCAGACUCCAUUCUCCGUUGAGGUUCCUUCACUUCCUUCUAUUUCUCCACCACCGUUUUCUCCACUGACCCCUCUGGCACUCCAAACUAAAUUCAAGGAGCAGAAGACGUGCAGUACCGAGUUGUUACGUACAAAUUCUCCGCCUCUGGGUUUUUCCUCCUUUUUAAAUAACAAUGAUCCUGCAUCAUCCCCUCUUCAACCAAUGUCACCAGAGACCCAACAGUUAUACAAAGAUUUAACUGUAGAAGAAUUAUAUAGAAGGAACUCAACGGAUAUUAUUGAAAACAGUGACAAUGAUGCAGACAUUACUGAUGACAGUUUGAAUGAUCCAGAUUAUGUUGUCGAUAAACCCAAACAACGUAUAGUAUUUGAAUCAGAACCUGAGAAUAAUUCGACUAGCGAUAUAGAACAUGAUGACCUUGAACAUAAUAUCGUAGUGACCGAAAAAUCAAACCCAAAACCGGUGUUUAAAGACACGAAUACGCAGUUAGAACUACCUCAACAAGCUACCACAAGCAAAACAGAUACCAACCUAGGACUACAUAGAGAUGUUGCAAGUUCCGUAUACGAGAAUGCACAAGAAGCGGAAAGUCAUAAUGGGACAUAUGAAAUAGAUGCGGCACCAGACCAAACACAAGACAUUUCUUUAUCUACUGUAGUACAAUGCAAUAUAGAAGAGCAAGAUACGACAUCUCUCACGAGUACGACCGAUAUCAAUAACGAAGAUUCAAUUCUGACAGAAAGACCAAAUGUUGUUGAAAUUAAUAGAGAAGAGACAGAAAUUGAAAAUACCGCGAUAGAUAAUCAAAAUUCCAAUGUUGUUAAUGCUGAAACAGAGAAAAGAAACAAACAACGAUCAAUAAAAAAAACCAGAAAAGAGAGAAACGAAUCUAAAGUACUGAGGAAUACUGGGAAAAGUUACGUGUCGGAAACAGGUUCUGUGGUUCCUGAAAGAAAAACGCGAGAGCUCAAAAAUUCAUGUAGAUUAAAAUGUGCAGAAAGAUUUUCAGAAGACGAGAGAAAGGAUUGCUUUCAAAACUACUGGAAUUUAGGGCAAAGAGAGAGAAGAGCGGCAUUCGUAGCAAAAUCUAUAACAAUAUUUCCCAAAAAGACUCAAACAACUGCUGGCCAUUCCAAAAACAGAGAUUGUUAUUGUGUGUAUAAACUACAGGUUUGUAACGAAGAAAAACCAAUUUGCAAAGAGUGUUUCUGUAGAAUUCUAGAUGAAACCAUAGGAUUUGUUAACGUGGUUAUACAAAAGAAAAAAGAUUCCCCUACUGGAAUUAUAGAUAUUGAUCAGAGAGGUAAACAACCUCCUAAAACUAAAAAAACCAUUGAAGACAUGUCGUUAGUUAAAGACCAUAUUCUUAGUUUCCCUAGUUAUGAAAGUCACUAUUGUAGGAAAUGUACUGGUAAGAGAUAUUUAUCACCUGAUCUUUCUAUCGCCAAGAUGCACCGGGAGUAUAAGCUGACAACAUCAAACCCAGUUUCGCUUAAGCUGUAUGCACAAUGUUUUCAUGAAUUAAAACUAUCGUUUAAGCAACCAUCGAAAGACACCUGUAAUACUUGUGAUGUCUUCCAGGCUAAAAUUAAGGUUGCUGACGAGAAUAAUAAGGAACAACUAAUUGCGGAGCUAGCUGAACACCAAGCUCAGGCAGAAAAAGCUUAUUCCGAAAAACGUGUUGAUAAAGAAAUAGUAAAGACGGACUCUUCUGUGAGAGCUUUCGCAUUCGACCUUCAACAGUGCUUGCCAACACCUUAUUUGAAAACUUCUGUUUCAUUUUACAAACGGCAACUGUGGAGUUUUAAUUUAACUAUACAUGACUUAUCAAACAACGAAGCGACAUGCUAUAUGUGGGACGAGACUAUCGGAGCUCGUGGAGCCAAUCAAAUCGCGUCUUGUUUGUGGCAUUUUUGUAAAAGGCUACCAACAGAUGUUAAAGAGCUAAUAUUUUAUUCAGACACGUGUGGUGGACAGAAUAAAAAUAAUACUGUAGCUAUGAUGUUCAUGUAUAUACUGCACCAUCACCCCACAAUACAAACAAUACACCACAAAUUUUUGUUAAGUGGGCACACUCAUAUGGAAUGCGAUUCUGACCACGCUGUUAUAGAAAAAGUGAAGAAGAGGACCCAGAUGAAAAUAAACCAUUUAAAUGAUUGGAUUCAGCUGGUACGAACAUGCAAAGUUCAGAAACCAUUUAAUGUUGUGGCAAUGACGCUAAAAGAUUUCUUUGAUUUUAGUGAGUUAAAAACUAAAAAAGGACCGUUUUCUUUAAAAAAACAAAAUGAGCAAGGUGACGCUUUUCUCUGGCAACCAAUCAAAUGGUUGAAAUAUAGCAAAGACCGCAUAGGCAAAAUAGAUUUCAAAGACAACCUUGAUCGUGAAAUGCCAUUUCAAUCAGUAAAUUUUAAGAAAAGAGGCAAAGUUACGCUAGAUUCUUUCAAAUUAAAUCAGAUAUCUAGACAGCCAUUGCCAAUCAGUGCUGAAAAAAAGAAAGAUUUGAUGGAUUUAAUUCAGUUAAUUGAUGAGCCAUUUCGUGAGUUCUAUUUAAAUAUCAAGACCACAAACUGUGCUCCCACGGAUCCUGAUCUCGACGAGGAUAACCCAGAUGAGGAAGACACUUUUUAAUGUAAUGUGCGACUGAAAAGUAGUUAAAUGCAUGCGUUUUUGUAUUUUUUUCCCGA